UGGGGCGAACUUGUGAAUCCAACAGCAAGCAAUGGGGUCGCCGCUGUUGACGGGGUCCAAACCUCACUUCUGGAGCGGAGACGAUCCCGACUGCAAUAACAAGGUGUAUCUCAAGUCCACGUGGGUAGUCACGUCGCUACGACACCCGGCGUUGCGCGUGCUAGGUUGUGUGAUCCACUUGAUCAUGUGCUUCUACUUGGGAGUCACCUCUCCGCUGCUGACGUCUCUGAAGAGCCCUUUUUGCUUCCCUGUGUACGGCGACUUAGCAAAGACUGUAACUACAGGUUUAAGGUGGCAGAAGCUUGUUUUCCAGAUUGCUUUGAGCGGUGCGCUAAUGUUUUUUCUGCGACUCGUGGCAUAUCCACGUCUAGUGCAGCACCGAUGGAACUGGGGGAGCUCUUUCCGCCACGCCACGCAGGCGUUCUCGAGGCUAUCGAGGGCUUCUGCGACUGACAUUAAUCCUGGUGUUACUGAAGGAGGAAUCACAAAUUUCCGAGGUGUGAUGACGCUGCACACGUUCGUGGCUGGUGAUGCGCCUGGUGCGCCAGUGGUUCGAGCUCCGGUGUGGAACGCUGGGUCUUCUUAUGGCUCUUGGACGUUCGUGGUUGCAACAUUUCCUUUCCUCUGGGCAGCAGUUAUGUAUAUUAUCAGAAAAAUUGUCCAUGGGUCUGCACUCGAUGAGUGGCUCUUUCCGGAGGAUAUGAACGUUGCUUGGAGUAGCUGGAGCCAACUCGAGUUACAACAAGUGCUAUCAACUACUUUUCUCACAUUGGGCUUCUUGAAACUACUAGUGACACUGGAUUGGGUUCUUCAAGAUCGCAAGUACAAUCGCCUUAUUUUUGGAAAUUGGUUGUCUUCUAUACGCCGAGUGUAUUGCGAGUAUCUGGCCGUACGUGUUCUAUGGUGUUGGCUUUCCGUGUUUGGACUGGCUAUCGGUGGGAUUUACUUUGGCGUGAUUUCAAAAAUGCAAAGCGAAUGGAUACAGUGGGCUCUGAAGAAGGAGAACGAGAAGAAUGACUUGGAUUCGUGGUUAAGCCAUGCGGCUUGGAACACACUACUCAGCUCACUCGUCGUGGCUUUGGAUCUACUCUGGAUUGUGCAAGACUGGCAUUUCCCGAGCUUUGCUUCACCGGUUGGUACUAGAAUCCUGGGAUUGCAUUUGGACCAGAUCACGUUCCAUUUCCCUUUUCGGCUCAGAUUGUCCUUUUCCAGCAAAUGGUUUGGAGGGUUUCUUGUGAUAGCACUGAUGUUACCUCUCGAAAUCUGCCAGUUCCUACAAAUUGCCACAUAUUCACCGCGCAUGUACGCACAGUAUGUGCAUUUGACGUCAUUUCGAGUCCUUCCGUUAAGCAUCACGCACAACAAUUCAAGCACCUUUGAUGCGACUACCCAGCUAAUGUUGCAGACUGGUUCGCUUAGCCGAUACUUUCCGUGGUCUGAAUGGGAUCGAGCACCGGCAUUUGCUGUUUUGCUACUCGCUACAGCAGCACUAUUGUGGCUCUCAAAGCAAGAACAUAGCAAGAUGUGCUUUGCCGUUUUUCUCGGGCUUUCUGAUGCUCAUGAAGGGCAUGUCAAGACACUGGCGAGGCUAAACGCAUCGGUUUCGGCUACGACCAAACGGGAUGUAAACAACUUACAGCGUUUGCAAACGUUGUAUAAGUUACGUGCUCGCACCGACAGCUUUUGUAUCGGGUUAGCAGGACUAUCUACCCUUACGGUGUGGCUACAAUUUCGCGCAAUAUGGCGCUCAUCUGCAAAGCACCAUCGCGAUCUGCCUACACAAGCUCCAGGAGAAACAUAUGGAGCAUUGUUGUUGCUAAUCACCUUGGUUUUACUUCACCAGAUACAUUACCGCUACUGCAUAAAGAUGGAGAUCAUGGUAUUGCGGAAUCAAAUUCCGUCGGAUAGUCGCUACUCGCUAUUGACGUCUCCGCGCUUGCUUUUCUUACCAUUUCUUGCUGAAUUACUGCUUUGUGGCAUUUUCCUUCCCCCCUUGGUGCACGGGCGGGUUUACCUUGACGAAGAGCGCUAUUCGCUGCCACGAGCGACGCUAGCAGUAGUUCCAGCAUGCCCAAGUCCUCUAACGAUGACGACUAGCAAGCAGUCCUGCGAUCUUCAGUACUCUUAUCCACUGGAGGUUAUGAAUAUGAUAGUGCUGGUGCGUCUCUACUGGUUCGCUCGUGUAAUCCGCAACCAGCUUUUGAAGCAGUUGAUUAAAGGUAACACAACGACGGUGGGCUCUAUAACACUUAACGGAAAAGAAGCACCAGCAGAUUCGCUGUGGUGGAGUUUUCGAAUAUCAUUCGCUUUGCAGCCGUCCAAGGUGCUUCUCACUCUUUUCGUGUCGCUGUGGGCGACCACAACCGUUGCGGUCUCUGCGUUUGAGCGGCCAUUUCCAUCCAAAUUGGACGGAGAAGACCACGCGCUUUGGCUCACUCUCGUCACGAUGACGGGGGUAGGAUAUGGUGAUGCGUAUCCGAUUACUCUGGGUGGCCGUGUUGCCGUUGUACUCGGGGCAGUUGUUGGUGGCUUGGCCUUCAUAUCUCUCAUGACGUCGGAGUUUCUUGACUCUGUAAAGGGCACCAAACGAGAGCAUGCGGUUCUUUCAGCGUUAGACAAGAUGAAAUGGGAGUCUGCUUUGCGCUUAUGUGCUGCAAAACUUAUUCAAGCAGCAUGGCUGCAGCACCAAAUUGUAAACUCUAAGUGCCACAGUACAAAGCGGAGGAGCCAAGAAACGGUAGUUCGCGAAAUGCUAAAGGCUGCGCAUCACUUCAAAAGGUGCCGCAAACGCAAACCAAUGCAGUCCGCCAGCGCUUCUCACAUACUCCAAAACAAUGGGUUAUCUUCCUUCUAUUCGCGCGAGGUAGAGAAUUGGAUGACAUCAAGAUGGACAGAGACUACAACUCAAAUUGCUUCCUUGGAGCAACAGAUGAACACAAUUGAAUCGUCGCUGCAGGUGCUGUUAUAACCGCGAUGCAUCCGUGACAUUAAUUACUGUAAUGCAAAUACAUGUAAGACCACCUCAGGUGUUCUCAUGAACUGAGAGAGCUGAUUAAACAAGAAUUUCAAGGCUUUGUCGAAAUCAAUUUCUCAAACUUCUGGCACCAAAGUCUGGAGCAUUACAAGCCCCUACCUGCAUUUGACAACGAUGCUUCAAUAAUACGAAUCCAGACAGAUACGCAGAGCUCCUUUAACACAAGUGUCGUAGAUCAUUCAACUUUGCCGGCAGCUGUCACACAUAGUCCGAUGUGGCUACCAGUCAGAACUGUGAAACGCGAAUAAAAGAGCGGCGCAGUCCCUAGUAACAUCUUUAAAGCAAUUUCGGUGCACUGCUGCAUUCCAGCAUAACUGAAUUUCAAACCUUACUGCCUAGGGUAAGUACUCACAAACCCCGCAGGUUUUGAAGGAUCGCGACACCUGGAAGUUUUCAUAAUGCUCUGACACCACACCACAACCCAUACACAUUAUCUUUGAAUUGCAGCUGUUGAUUUCUGUUUGGCAUGUUUGCGGCUAUUUAAUGCCAUUAUGGUCG